GUCCCUUCCCUCUGAAACCCCAAAUAAAAAAAAAAAAAAAAAAAAAGAGGGAAAAGAAGGAGAGAGGAAAUCUCCCUCCUCUUUUUUUCAUCUCUUUCCCUCUUUUUUUUCUUUUUCUAUUCUCUCUGGAAUUACCUCCGACACAAGCUCCGAUACCAAAAGCCAAAGCCAAACCCUAACCCAGACGCUUCUGGCUUUGCCCUCCUUCCUUCUCCUGCAAUUCACCAUUUUUUUCAAUUGUAAAUUUCACAAUUGCGAAGCGUGUUCUCCUCCAAUGGGAAUCUCUCUCUCUCUAUUUCCGGUGGCUUAAUUUUUGUUUUUGUUUUUUUGUUAUAAGCUCGCUCGUAUGGGUUGAGAGGGUUCUUCCUUCUUCUUCUCUCUGUGAGGUUCAGCCACUAUGUCUUAUAGCGCGUUGAACAUCCAAGAUGACGAUUUUGCCCCUAGGUUAUCAUCCUCGUCGGAGCGGCCUCGGCGCUCCCGCUCUAUGCCCUUCUCGCCGCUGCUCAUCAUCGACGGCCUUUCGCGGAAGAGCUUCUCCUACUCGGCGCUCCCUCAGGAGCCUCUCAAGCUCUCCGUUCUCAAAUUGGACGGCUCUAGCUUCGAUAUUGAGGUUCCCAAGACGGCCACUGUUUCAGAACUGAAGCGGGCGGUGGAGGCGGUUUUCAGUCACAUGCCACGGAAGGGACCUGGAAAGAUAUCAUGGCCACACGUGUGGGGGCAUUUCUGCUUGGGAUAUGCUGGUCAGAAGCUACUCGUUGAAACCGACCAUAUCAGAGACUAUGGCAUCAAAGACGGCGAUCAGCUAGAUUUUGUCCGGCAUGUUUCAAUCAGCUACAUCCUGACAAGGAAGCAAUCAAAAAGGCUCUCUGGCCCAAAACAUCACAGGAGGUCAUUUAGUUUUGACGAGGAAGAACAGAGUGACCUAGAGGAAGAACAGAAGGACAAAGGAGUAGAACAGGAUGACAAGGUAUACUACAAUAGUGAUGACAUUGAGAAUCCAAGGGUCCCAGAGUACGAUGAUGAACUUUGUGUUGAACACAGUGAGACCGGGUUUCCGAGCAUACUGGGAGAGUGGUUUCCAUACUCCAGGUUAUCACUGUCACCUGUAGGAGGAGGAAAAUCUAGAAGAGGUUCUUCUUGUUCCCCAGGCAUAGCCACUGGGUUGUUGCUUGGCUUUAGGAAGAUUUUCGGGCUUUGCUUUGAGAAACGCGAGAAACGCUAUACUCGGAGGGAUAUAUGGAGAAUAGAUUAGUGCUCGGCGAAAGUAU